AUGAUAGCUCCAACAUCACUGAUGGCACCAGCCACCAGGAUUCAAGCCGCUGUUUCUACCGUCAAGUACUUGAUGGGCAACAGAUCUAGGGUUGUUCUUUGGAGUCAUUUGAAGAAGGCUGAUGGUGGUGGUCUAGGCGUAAACAGUGGUGGUCUCGAACUCGCAUCUGUCUCGCCGCGUCGUCAACGGUCUCGAGUUCCUUGUCGUCAGCGGUUUCGAACUUGUCGUCGUCGUCAUCCAUGGUGCCGUAGAUGGAUACAGAAUAGAGGAAGACGUCGGAAGAGAGGCAAAGGAGGAAGGAGGAGGCGGCAGCGCAGAGAGAUUAGGCUUAGAGUUAAUUAG